UAUAAACUAAUCCAAAACCAUACUUCUCAAAAAUCUUAAUUACCACAAACAGCUACCUAUACAGUCCUACACUACUAGCUACCUAGCUCCAUUUCUUUUUGCUGUUUUGGUACUGGAUUUGUUUAUAUUUAACAAAUAUCACUCCAAAAGCUCCUUAAAAGGCUGAUUAAACCAUCGACAAUUGUGAAAGAGCCCAGCUUAGUACAGUCUAAUUGGCUUGAAACACUUACUCCACAAUUUAUACUUAUGGAGGUGAAGCAAAGAGGAAGAAGAACUGGGGAAAAAUGGGGUGGGAUUGAGAUCGAGAUGAUGGGUCCAUAUUUUUUUUCAUUGAGUACUGUACAUAAAUUCAAAGCCCUUUUGUUGUAAGGACACGAUCCGGGUCUGCCGCUACUUUCUUCUACUGCCUCCUCUUCUGCUUCUCUCUCUUCUUCUUUCUCUAGUUAGUCUCUAUCCCAUUACUACUAUUCACUUUUCUCUCCUCUCAAUAGUUUCUGAUUAUAUAUAUAUAUACAUAUAUAUAUAUAAUAUAUAUACAUAAGUUAGCUUGGAGAAAUAUAUAUACAUAAGUUAGCUUGGAGAAGAAACACAAAAAGUCUAAAAUAAUGGAGGAGCAAUAUGGUGGGAUUGGCGAUCUGAGACAAUUCAUGAACAACAACAACAACAACGGCGGAAGGAGUACUAUUUUCCCACCAAUCCCACCUCCACCGGACUUCUUAUCCGGCCACCACCACCACCACAGGAAUCUAACUCCCUCCGCCGCCCACCACCAAUACGACAUGGUUAUGGGUCUGGGCCGCCAUACUAAUCAUGACAUGGGCCUUAAUCCAGGAGGCCUUCAUCAUCACCAUCACCAACUCGAGUUAAUUCGGUCCGAUUCUACUACUAACAGUACUAAUACUGCAGCUUCUACAAUCCCGUGUGGCGGCGGUGGGCUUGGCGGAGGAGGAGGAGGCAUUGGGAUGGGGUUCAUGAGUGGAGGUGGGCUGGAGAUGGACGGAGUUGGGCUGGGUGGGAUGGGAGACGGCGGAAAUGGGAGGUGGCCCAGGCAAGAGACGCUUACACUUCUGGAGAUCCGAUCAAGGCUUGAUCCUAAGUUCAAGGAAGCCAAUCAGAAAGGUCCUCUCUGGGAUGAAGUCUCAAGGUAACUAAAUUCCAUCCUCGUACUAUCAAAAAACAAACACACCAAACCAAUUUUAUGUCUUACAACAAACAUGCAUUUUUCUAUACCCUAAUUCAUCAAAGCAAAUACUUAAUCACUCCUCAGUAGGAUUAUAGCUAGCUAGCUAGCUGUCAUUAAAAUUAAGUUUCCUCUCUUUUUUCUUUUUUAUUUUUAUUAAAAGGGAAAAAAAAAGGACAUUAAAACUCACAGUACUCUCUCACACACACUAAUCACAGUAUAAGAGCUGUUGCUUGAUAUGGGAAACAAAAACAAAAUUUGCUAAAUAAUCUCAUGAUCUUAUCCCUUUCUUCAAGUUUAUCAAUUUCAUUGUUCAAGACACUUUGUCCACAUGUUUCAAGCAUCUUCCUGUUACUAAAACACAUCGAGAGGAUUUGAUGGAUCAUGUCUGAGGAACAUGGGUACCAAAGGAGUGGGAAGAAAUGCAGGGAGAAAUUCGAGAACUUGUAUAAGUACUACAAAAAGACUAAAGAAGGCAAAGCUGGGAGACAAGAUGGUAAACACUACAGAUUCUUCCGUCAACUUGAGGCCCUCUAUGGUGAAACCAGCAACAAUAAUAAUGCUUCUGCUUCUGCUUCAGAAAACCAUCAUCAUCAUGUUCGAUAUAAUAAUGCAGCUAACCACAUCAGCCACAUUCAAGAAGGAGGAGUUGGAGUACCUUUUCAAACUCAAAAGAGCUCUGAUAAUACUAAUAAUAAUAAUAGCCUUAGCCUCUCUAAUAACAACUCUUCUGAAUUCGAUUCCACCUCAUCUGAGGACAGUGAUCUUAAUGAUUCAGUUGAGAAGAGGAGGAAGAGAAAGGGAAAGCGGAGUUGGAAGGCAAAGAUUAAAGAUUUCAUCGAUUCCCAGAUGAGGAAGCUGAUGGAGAAGCAAGAAGUUUGGUUGGAAAAGAUCAUCAAUACCAUUGAGCAGAAGGAGCAAGAAAGGGUGCUUAGAGAAGAAGAAUGGAGGAAACAAGAGGCGGCUCGGGUCGAUCGGGAACACAAGUUCUGGGCUAAUGAGAGAUCAUGGAUUGAAUCCCGUGAUGCUGCUAUGAUGGAAGCUUUAAGGACAUUAUCAUCAGGAAAGGAAGUGAUGAAGUCUGCGUUACUAUUACCCAAUGAUGAACAGGAAAAUGUAGUGGCUGAGUUACAAAGCAUGACUAAGAAUCAGAAUGAUAAUGGAAGUCAUGAAACUAUCAACAGCAUUAUCAGAGGUGAUGGCUGGCCGGAAUGCGAGAUUACUCGGCUGAUUCAGUUGAGAACAAGCAUGGAAGGAAGGUUUCACCAGCUUGGUUGUCCGGAGGAAAUCCUUUGGGAAGAAAUAGCAACCAAGAUGGCUUGUUUCGGUUAUGAUCGGACUCCAUUGAUGUGUAAGGAAAAAUGGGAUAGCAUUAGUAGUUAUCUUAUCAAGUGCAGCAAAAAAAGGAAGGAAAAUUCGAGAUUUGGUUGUUAUUUGGCAAAUGAAUCAGUAACAAGCCAUGCAAUUGAUCAAGGGAUACUGGAUCAUCAAGCAAUUAGGCAAGCUCAGAAUAAUGAUCAAGUGGCUAACUCUUCCCCUCCUAAUCAUGAUUCAGGUAACAAUGUAAUUCACGAUGGUUCUUCCUACAGGUUCGUGAUGGAUGCUGAGAAUUUGUGGGAGAAUUAUGGGGUGAAAUUCAACAAGGGAAAUAAUUAAGAACUGAGUUGUGAAAAAAGCCAGAAUGGUCUUUGUAAUCAGCUUAAUUCAGUGCAGUAUGGAAGAUGGAAAACAGAGGGAGGGCUGACAUAAUAUUUCAUUGUUAGGGGGGAAUUCUGGCUUUGUUUCUGUGGGAAAUCUUUUAGGGACUACCCUUUUUAGCUCGCUAACUGAUCACUUAUUGGGUGUUCAUAUGUGUAUUAAUUGGUUUGAAUCCUUAGUUCCUUGUAUGUCGAAAUUUGAUAAGGGUUUGUUGAUUAUCAUCUUCUAUUAAAACUUGGUUUGAGUGAUUUAUUCAUAUCUUCAGAAAAUGUGAUCUAAUAUCCUUCAUGCAUUA